AUGGUGAAAAAUCGAUUUGGGAUAGAGGUCACUUAUAAGCUAGCAUGGGAGGAUUCAUAUUCUCUUCUUCCACGCUUUUUGAAAGCGUUGCAACAAUCUAACCCGGGCACAGUAGUUGAGUGGUUCUUUAAGGAAGACAAUGACGCGGGUGUGUAUGUACGUCCUAAUAUUAAAACCUUUCAACGUGUCUUUUGGGCCUUUAGACCUAGCAUAAAGGGCUUUAAGUUUUGUAAACCUUUGAUCGCCAUUGACGGUACACACUUGUAUGGUAAGUAUCGUCAUACCUUAUUGACUGCGAUUGCGCAAGAUGGUGAUAAGGGUAUCUUUUCACUUGCAUUUGCCUUGGUUGAGAAGGAAUGCAUAGCUGCGUGGUCUUGGUUUAUGGCGUGUAUUCGUAAGCAUGUAACACAAAAGAUGUGA